CUUUAGACACAAUCCACCAAGAUAAAUAGGCAACCAUAUAAGCUUUUGUUAUACAAAACAAUCAGCAACUAAAUCAAAGAGAAAAAACACACACAAAAAAAGAAGAAGAAAUGAGUGAGCUUCUCUACUCUCUCCCCACUUGGGAUCUCCAUAACCUUGGAUCACUCUUCAAGCCUGACUUCAAUCUUGAUACAUGUGGUUUCAUGAAUGGAUCGCCGCCGGAACACAUUUUCCGAUCACCGGAUAUGGACUACUCUGACGUCUCCACAGGCUACCUCGAAGACGCACUUAUCGAGUCCGGUGAGAGAAGCAAAAGGAGACGUCUCUUGUUCGAGGAUCCGUCAAAAUCUCCUAACGUUAACGAUUUGCAGAACGAUUGGGGCCUGCAUGAGGGUUAUAGCUGUUUGAAUAGUCAGUUUGUCACACCACAUGUUAACACAGAUGAACUUAAAAGUGGGGUCGGUUACUUUGAGGAGACAAUAUCGACCGCUUAUGAGUCUCCCGACACUUCUGUUUCUUCCGGCAGAAUUUAUGUCCGAGAAAAAACUCCAACCGAACCAUCCUCAUCCAAUUGUGGUAAUAAGAACAAAAGACUAAUCACGAAACUAGUGUACCCAUUUGGAUUGGUGAAACCAGGUGGUAAAGAAAAUGAUGUAACCCUAAAUGAUAUCAACGAAAGAAUUUUGAUGACUCCGUCUAGACCAGUUCGACAUCCUGUAGGAGACUUUGCCUCUCGACCAUGCGUCUCUGGGCGUGGACCGGGCCUCUCCGGAAAAGCCGUGGUGGCUCUUACUAAGAUCCAAACACAAGGGAGGGGUACAAUUACUAUAAUCAGAACAAAGGGAUAAACUAUGUAAUAUCGGUAAUUAGUUGGGGCUGUUAUGUGUAAUAUAAAUGAGGUUUUAGAAAGCCAAAGCGAUCAUUGGCUAUGAGAUAAACUUUCAACUUUGUAUAGAAAGUUAGGCGAGGUAAAUUUUGAAAAUGUUGUACAAUAUAAUAUCCAGUGGAUAUAAAUAAAC